AUGAACGCUUUCAGAUUGUCGUCUCCAUUGGCAACCCUUGUUCGCACCACUCAACGUCGCGCUAUUCCUGCAGCAGCCGUUGGCACGACCACACGAUUCAUGGGUGCACCCAUUGCCAGCCAAGUGGCACGUUUCAGUAACUCAACUGUUGUCCGUCACGCUGCACCAGUGCAAGAUAAUAAACCUACACCAUCCGACUACAAGGCUCCUGGUGUUCUUGAUAUCGCUGCACGCCAUUUAUUGUUGACCGAAUUGAUGCGAGGCAUGUGGGUCGUCUUGGAACAAUUCUUCCGUCCUCCCUACACCAUCUUUUAUCCUUAUGAAAAGGGUCCUUUGUCUCCUCGCUUCCGUGGUGAGCACGCUCUUCGUCGUUAUCCUACUGGUGAAGAACGUUGUAUCGCUUGUAAACUCUGUGAAGCCAUUUGCCCUGCUCAAGCUAUCACCAUCGAAGCUGAACCUCGUGAAGAUGGCUCUCGUCGCACUACCCGUUAUGAUAUCGAUAUGACCAAGUGCAUUUACUGUGGUUUCUGUCAAGAGGCAUGCCCAGUUGAUGCUAUUGUGGAAACCGCCAACUACGAGUACAUCACCGAGACACACGAGGAAUUGCUUUACAACAAGGAAAAGCUUUUGGCUAACGGUGACAAGUGGGAGGUUGAGAUUGCCAGAAACUUGCAAGCUGAACAUCCUUAUCGUUAA